AAACAUGUCUGUAAACCGAUAUUCAAACUCAGAUACCUGCUCGUUACGCCAAACAGUAUAUGCGUACCUUUUUCUUUAACUUCAAUAUGGAUCUUGUACCCGACAUUUACUUUGAGAAGCAACAACAAGACAAUCUAUGUGCUCAGCAUGCUUUAAAUGUAUUACUUCAAGGCAGCUAUUUUACAGCUGUUGAUUUGGCUGAAAUAGGACAAAAACUCGAUAUAGAAGAACAACUUGUAGGAGGAAGCAAGUUGGGUAGCGAAAGUCAAAAUUACGAUGAUUCGGGAUACUUUUCAAUUCAGGUCCUACAAAAAGCAUUAGAAAUAUGGAACUUGGAAUUAACACCAUGGCGAUCUAAAGAAAUGGAAAAAGAAAGAGAACACCCUGAGCAACAAAAUGCGUUUAUCUGUCAUAGACAGAACCAUUGGUUUACGUUGCGAAAGUUCUCGGAAACAUAUCGAUGGUAUAAUCUUGAUUCAACACAACAAGGGCCCACUCAUUUAGGUGAAAGUUACCUAAGUAUCUUAUUGGAUCAAAUCGAAUCAGAAGGAUACUCUAUCUUUGCUAUCAAGGGACAACUUGUUAUUUCAAAAGCAGACCGUAAAGCCAAAGCCUUACCAAGACCAGGUGAAAGCAAGCAGAUUUCUUUUUCUGGCAAAGGUUAUUCUCUCACUUCGAAUAAUGAACAAGAAAAUGAAGAUGAAGAAACAAUGCUUGCAAAAGCAAUUGAAGCAAGUUUAGAAGAUAAAGUAAACAACGAUAUGGAUGAAAUUAGACGUAAAAGAUUAGCUAGGU